AUGGAAAGAAGACAGGAUUUAAAGGAGAAGGCGAGGCACUCCAAGCGGCUCCUGGACAACCCAGGUCCCAUCGAGUGUGGCGACCACGGGCGCCUGUCUCCCGCUGGUCGCGGCCCCACGGUGCGACGCCACUGGGUGUCCGCCCGGUCCAAGAUGAAGGAGGUCGAUGCAGGUGGCGAGCGACAACCUUUGGCGAUGGCCCAUCGUUUAAUGUCCUAA